AUCUGCACAAGGUACUAAGGCAACAGGUGCGGCAUCAGAGCGAAGCAGCAGCCACAAGCUAGUCUCCUCUCAUCCCAACCAACAUCAAAGGGAGCAGAGAACAGAGAUCAUGCCCUCCAAUCUCUCUCCAUCCAUCUCCUCCCAGAUGGCCCAGCUUGUCAUAAAAUUUAUACGAUGAAAACAAGAAGCGGAGGUGUGGAGAGAGAGAAACAGGGAAGGAUGAGGAUGGAAGGAAAGAGGAAAAGAGAAAGAAAGAAGGAUAGGUGCCUUCAGAGGAGGGUGUCUGCCCCCCCCCCCCCCCACCCCCCCCUCCUCCCUCUCUAGACACAGAACAUGCCACAAAUGCCCCUCUGCAACCCCAAAAAAAAUCUCCGACUCCAUCAAAGAAAAACAACUCCUGACCUCCUCUUCAGUUCUCAAAAUUUCUCAAAUGAUUUGGGGCUCUUUGGGUUUUGUCCUGGUCAAGACACGCAAGGAGAGAGAGAGAGAGAGAGAGAGAAAGAGGAAACAAGGGGAGGAGGCUCCCGCCCCGCCCCCCCACCCCCUUCUCUCUCUCUCUCCACCAGCUUUAUUUCUCCAUUGCCUCCUUUCUCUCUCGGUCUGUCCAUCUGUUAUGUCCAUGACCUCCUCUUUUUGAAUAUAUUUGUUUCGCAUCUGGGCUCUGCCUUCUCUCCCCCUUGUAUUCCUCUUUUCCCUCGGAGGUGGAGAUCUGGAUGGCGAAGAAGGUGAGGAAGGUUCCCAUGCAGCCUUCCCCAUCCAAUGCUUAUCACCAGGUUCGGGAAGAUGCCAGGGCAAGGUUGAGAUAUCAGUACUUGCUGCAAGAUUAUGAUGAUCUGCUGAAGGAAACUGAAGAAAAGAAGAAGAAUCUACAAAAGGCAAAACAAAAGAAGCUGAGACUCUUGGCUGAAGUCAAAUUCCUGCUAGGAAGAUACCAGUCCUUGUUGGAAAAUCCAUCUCAGACCACCUUUCAUAGACUCAAGAAGCAGCUUCAUAAAACUUCAUCGCCUAUCGCUGGCAUUGUUAAACCAGCAAGGCUGCAUGUUCCAAACGAAGUUUCCUUCAAGGGGAAGAAUCACAGUGCAGUCGAAGCUGCAAAACCUAGCACUUCUACAAUGCUAGAUCUGAAUCAAAUUUCUUUGCCGUAUGCUUGUAGAGUGGCGAAGAUGUGGAGUUUCAGUCACAUAUGGAGCCCCUGAAACCUGAGAUGUUGGAGAGGCACUCAAUGGAUGGAGGGCCAAACAAUCGAAAGUUUGCAGUCUGUAGAGAUGAAGGGAGCAGCUCAAACAGGGCAAGUAAAAGGAAAAUAACAUGGCAGGACCAAGUAGCUCUGAAGGUUUAGAAUUCGACUCUUUUGUGCCAGUGGUGAGAAACAAUGUUCAUCCUUUUAACCUCAUUAACUCACUCUUUCUUUUUUUAACUGCAUUUGAUCUCUACAGAAACAGUUCAAAUGUUAGAUGUUAAAAUCCAUGUUAUAUGUGACGCAUGAUGUAGUUAAUGGGAGGAAGUGAAACCUUUUACUCCAGAAAUAUGCUGUAUGAUUUGAUUUAUUUAAUGUUCAUAAUGGGUUUUGCCAAACUUAAGUGAA